AAGCUACUAUGCCAUGUUGGCUUAGACAUUGAUGCAACAAAUGGCGAGGACGGAAACACGGCCCUUCAUUAUGCAUCAGAAAACGGGCACCUGGAGGUGGUGAGAGUUUUAAUUGAGAGAGGAGCAGGUAUUGAUGGGAGAAACAAACGUGGAGAGACUCCUAGUCACUUGGCAAUAGCAAAUGCACACUCUCUCCAAGUACUUCAAUACCUGGAAGAGAUGGGAGCCGACCUCGAGAUGACCAACGGCAACGAAGAGACCCAUUUACAUCUGGCCGCCGCGGGCCACAACCUGAAGAUCGUUCAGUACUUGGUA